GAGAGAGAGGAAAUGGAGGAGCAGAGAAAUGUCCAUGUCGACAAAGUGAAGCUGGGAAGGCAGGGACUAGAGGUCUCCAGGUUGGGCAAUGGCUGCCUUGGUCUCACCGUGCAUUACAACUCUUCUGUCUCAGAGGAACAUGCGGUAUCCAUUAUCACCCAAGCAUUCCUCAAAGGCAUCACCUUUUUUGACACUGCCGACGUUUAUGGUUCUCAUGCCAAUGAGAUCCUCCUUGGAAAGGCAUUGAAGCAGUUACCAAGAGAGAAAAUUCAAUUGGCUAAAUUUGGGAUUGAGAAUUUUGAUGGGAGCUCUGUGGUGAUCAAUGGGAUGAAAGAGUAUGUGAGGGCUUGUUGUGAGGCCAGCCUCAAGCGCCUGGACGUGUCUUACAUUGAUCUUUAUUAUCAGCACGGUGUUGACAAGACUGUUCCAAUUGAGGAUACUGUGGGUGAGAUGAAGAAAUUGGUUGAAGAAGGGAAGGUGAAGUACAUUGGUUUGUCGGAGGCCAGCCCCGAUAUCAUCAGGCGGGCUCAUGCAGUGCAUCCCAUCUCUGUUGUGCAAAUAAAAUGGCCUUUGUGUUCUCGUGAUAUUGAACAAGAGAUUGUGCCACUUUGCAGGGAACUUGGGAUUGGUAUAGUUACAUGCUGCCCAGAUAAUGGUGAGAUUUUCGCUUGGGAAGCAGUUGUGGAGCAUUUGCUUUCUAAAAGUAUUUUGUUCUCUGGCGACAAUUUAGAGAAGAACAAGAUUCUGUAUGCCUGUUUAACAAAGCUGUCUGAAAAGCAUCAUUGUACCCCUGACCAGUUAGCAUUAGCUUGGCUUCUCGAUCGAGGCAGUGAUGUUAUUCCUAUCCCUGGUGCUACGAAAAUUGAGAACUUGGUCAACAACAUUGGAUCAUUAAAAGUAAGGCUUACGGAUGAAGAGUUGAAGGAAAUUUCCGAUGCCGUAACUGCAGAAGGGUUUGCUGGAAUUCUUCCUCAUGCAGAGGCAAGUUCCCGCUCAUUAGCCAGGCCGCGUAUCGGAAGAGUUGGUAUUACACCGCGGGAGAUCAAAAAUGCCAUCCGAAGACAACAAGAAACUGUGAAUAACCCCUCAAAUGAUGAUGAUGAUGAUGAUGAUGAUGAUGACUCAUCAUGGAUGAAGGAGGUGAGGACCAAAUUGAACGAGCGGCGUGGAAGAGCCCACGCCAGCAGGCCAUGCACCAUCUUCAAGGUCCAACAGAGCAUCCGUAGAUGCAACCGAAAUGCCUAUACUCCUCUUGUCGUCACCAUUGGUCCUUAUCACCAUGAUCCAUAUGACAUUAAUUUUAAAGCUAUGGAAAACCACAAGUGGCUGUGCCUGCGCUGCUUGCUUUUCAGGAAGCGGAGAAGGCUUAUUGCAACUGAGUUGCUGGACAAGUGCUUGUUGAAGAUGAAGUCCUUGGACUCCAAGGUGCGUAGCUGUUACUCUGAACCUUUAUCCAUAAGGAUGGAUGCUCAAAGCUUGGCUAAGGUUAUGUUGCUUGAUGGUUGCUUCAUACUGCAUAGCUUGCUUAAGCAACAAAACCUCAUGAUAGAUGAUGUGAGCAACAACUAUCAGGAUAAUGAUGAUUAUGAUCAGGUUGAAGAUGGAGAGAUAUUGUUGGAACUUCGAGAAGGAGAUGAGCAGUUGGAACAAGAACCAUUGCUGCUGACACUAUGGAUAUGGAAAUUUGUGUUGGAUGAUCUGUUAAAACUUGAGAAUCAGAUCCCCUUCUUUGUCUUGACCACACUCUUUGACCUGCUCAAGGUUCCAAGUGAUGAUGGUGUUGACCUUGUCAACCUUGCUUUCAAGCUCUUCAGUGAUAUACAUCCAUCCAAAUCCCAAACCUUCCACAUUUUACCUGCAGCUGACCAAGUCCAUCACUUGCUUCACCUAUUUCAUUCAAGUCUUGUUCCUUCCAACAAUGGCCAUGUACUUGACAUCCCCGAAGCAGAUAAAGUACCUGAAUGGAUUCCAAAUGCUACUGAGCUCCAGCAGGCGGGAGUCAAAUUUGUCAAGAAAGAGAACACCGGAAGCUUCUUGGAUAUAUCAUUCAGUAGCAAUGGCACAAUGGAAAUUCCAAAGCUCUGUCUCUAUGACUACACUGACACUCUUUUCAGAAAUCUGAUAGCUUUUGAGCAAUGCUAUCCUAAUACGCGUACCUGCAUCACCAUCUAUGCUGCUUUCAUGGACUGUCUAAUUGAUACUCCAAAAGAUGUUCGUUUGCUCCACUUGAAUGGAAUUCUUACCAAUGGACUGAGUACUGAUGACGCUGCGGCAGAUCUUUUCAACAAGUUAUGUGACCAGAUUUACUAUGCUGCCGAUAGGAACUAUCUUCAUAAAUUAUUUGCUGAUGUCAACACAUAUUAUGGAUCGAGAUGGAACCAAUGGCGGGCUAAAUUGGUGCGGGACUAUUUCAGCAAUCCAUGGGCGAUCAUAUCUUUAAUGGCAGCUGUGUUGUUGCUUCUUCUCACUGUUGAGCAGUCAUUUUUUACUGCAUAUUCUUCUUUUCGGUCUUCUUGAUGGAAUAUUGUUUCUUUCUGGAUCUCUACUCUGCUGUACCGUUGUCUAAUUUCUCUGGUUAUCUAGCUGUGUUUGUUUCCUCAAUAAAGU